AUGAUAUCGAAGAAGCAAUUGACUGUGACUGAAGGGACGAUACUCGUAGCAGUGCCAGUGGUUGCAUUAAUACUGAUCUACGUGCUCUUGCGUGUUAUUUGGAAGGUACCAAAAUCUACUGAGCUACCUCAGAGUAGAUUACCAUCUUAUGGAUCUGUUCCAUUUGUUUUACCUCGGGAGGAAUCACUGGAGAUGAUGAUGCACCGUCCAAAGGCAUCGCUAGUGGAAGAAGGUGAAGUUGCCGGGAAUUAUGAAAAGCACUGGUAUGGCACGUUUGAUUUUGCAUUUAUGCUGGGGAUGAUCGUCUACGCUGGUGUCAUGCUUUUGCUGACGUACUUUUAUGAGCCAAAAUGGUUAGUAGAUUUGCAUUUCUGGCUCAUGCAGCUUCCAAAAUUGGGCGUGAUGAUGGUCGUGUCACUGAUUGGUGGCGUCCUUUGUCGAAUCUUUUGUGAUGUAAACGAGAAGGGUUAUAUCAUAACAAACAAGUCAUCCAAGUUUAAAGUGAACUAUACUCGGAAGCUGCAACACUUUGCUGCGUACAUGGUGCCGUUAGUUGUAAGGGCAGACUAUCCUGGUCUAAUUGCUUUGGCCUGGGCCGACUUCUUUACAAUGCUUGGCUUCCUCGUUCUCAUCAAGCCUAUUCGUGAGCAUUCCAAGUUCUUUAUGCUGCAAUUCAACUCGUUAGAUCGUCCGGAGGACCGCCCUAACACGCUUAAGUGGAUCAUUUUGGGCAACAUCGCUCCGGGCAUGUUCAUUCUGAUGUUCUUCAAGUGGUUGUUCGGUGCUCAUGGAGCACUGACGUUCAUCCUCGUGUUCAUUACGGGCAUCGGUGACGGUUUGGCGGAACCUGUGGGUAUCACAUGGGGGCGUCACAAGUAUAAAGCGUACAGCUGCUUCUCUAGAAACAAGUACAUUCGUAGUUGGGAGGGCAGCGCAUGUGUGUUCAUGUCCGGUCUGGUGUUUCCCGCGCUACAGUACGCUGCAUUCGACAAUUUCCGGCAGGUUUUGCUAUCAAUGCUGAUCUUGGCGCCAACAAUGGCGUAUGCUGAGGCUACUGCUCCACAUACGAUGGACACACCCGUGUUGAUGAUUGGAUGUGGUGCUAUUUUGUACGCAAUUGUAAAUCUUGUGUAA